CUGGAAAUUCACAGAGCCAGUUCUGAAAGAAGUUUACAGAAAAAAUGAAUCCCACAAUUUUGUUGCUUUUCCUUUCUGCGCUGGUGGUAGCGUACGUGGAAUGUCAGCAAACUGAAGGAGAAGAAUGUCCUGGAAUUUUUAGAAGACGAUGCAGGACAAAUGAGUACUGCCUUAGAUCUGAGUUACCUUUCAUGAGUAGAUGCGUUGCCUACAGAGGAAGAGGAAUGCCUUGUGAUAGAAUAAAUCGUUGCAAACCAGGAUUAGAAUGCACACAAUAUCGGGAUAGCUUCUUUAGAGUUGGCAGAUGCCAAGACCCAUCUACUACUUCAACAACUACGGUAUUUACUACGCCAGCAACUACAUCUAUGCCUGACUCUACUACGACAGUCAGUACUGAUGUUACUGACUCUUCAACCCAGUGAAGCAUUUCUCUUACCAGAUGGAAAGGAUUGAAUAUUUUUGAAACUAUUAUGAUAAAAGCAGAAUAAAAUAUGUCUUAACAUUUA